GGGUCCAGGUGCUGCGGCCAGUCAGUGCCUUCUAGGACAGUUACUAAAGUGCCCAAAAGCAGAAGCCAGCGUCACUCAGAUCUCCGUGUUCUCCUAGCUUCCUCUCCCUUGCACCGAAGGAGGACGAUUUGUAGCGUUUAUGGAGAAGGUCCAAGACCGAGUGGAGUAAUCCUGAGGAGUGAGCUCCCGUUUGGUUCGGUCAGUGCUGCCCUGCGAUCUCUCCUCCAAGUCGCCCAGCUCUACUCCUCCUUAACGGGCAAGGUCGUUGCCAAAAGUCAGGAAACACGAAGGGUUUCGAAAUUCGCACUAUUCUGAGCUGCAUUCGGAUUUCAGCGACGGACAGAAAAAGAGCAGCGGCAGAACAACGGCGAAAAUGUUCAAAAAGAGUAAAAGUCAAGUACUUGUGGAUUACGCGUCCGAGGAGGACGACAUGUCUUGGCAUCACCUCCACUCGUACAAGGACAAAGAACAAGAGGGAGUGGAGGAAACACUGAGCCCUCCUGCAAAGGAAAUGAAGGUGAAGAAGAUCAAGUCAAAGAAGGACAGGAAAGAUAAGAAGCUGGAUGAUGAGCACUUCCUCCUGACGGGCGCCGUUCUCUCAGACAAAAAAGGGAAGAGCAAAGACGAGGAGCGCGGCGGCGGGCCGAAGCCGGCGGAGCGCGAGAAGGAGAAGGGCGACAAGCGCUUCUGGGACAGCAUCGCCACCACCAUGCGGCAGAUCACCCCCAACCGCAAGAUGGACCGCAUGGAAGGCUGGGAGCCGCCGCGCCUGAGUCUCCCCGGAGAACCGGAAGGUGAGCAGCCGGGCGACGAGAACAGCGACCAGCAGCAGCUCCAGCAGCAGCAGCAGCAGCUGAGGACCAAUAGCAAGAAGGACGUCGUGGCCGUCUCCUCCCAGUCGUCAUCCCCUCCCUCCAUCCUGCCCCUGUCCUCCCCUGCCCUCACCUCCCCCCUCUCCUCCCCGCUGUCCCUGGCACUGCCCUCCUGGAGGGCCGGGGUGACGCUGGAGGACUGGCGCUAUGCCAGCCUGGCGGACUGCACCACGGGCAGUGCCGUGAGGUGGGCGGCGAAGGCCAGGGGCAAGCUGGCGGCAGGCAUCCGGAGGAGGAGUCACGGGAGUGUGUCGGAGAACAUGUGGGAGGGGCUUAAAUAGACCAGGAACAGGAACAUACGAGUCCUAACACCCACACACACACACCCAUCCCACAUACACUCCACUCCACCACCACACCCCUCCCCACCCACCAGCUUCAGGGGCUGUGACUGUACCAACCCACCACCCCCCGUCAAUCCUCUAUACACACACACAAGAGUGUUUUUAAAAAAAAAGUUUCGUGACCUUUGGAAGUGUAUAAAGAUUUGCCUCUGGCAAAAUAGACUUCACAGAGUCUUAAACACACAUCGAACACACAAAGGUGCAUGUACAUGCACGCGUGCAUGCGCUAACACACACACACACACACAACACACACGGCUGCAGUUCCAGGCUCCUCUUCUUGCCAAGAAACAUUCCUGUUGCCUUGGUGGUGAUACGGUCAGAAGUGCCUUACUUGAGCAAGCCCAACGGUGUUGUUUGAGGCUACUGUACAACCCUCUUGGAAUGACAGAUUACAUCAGAGUCCGAUGUCUUUGUGAUUAGUUAGUCAUAAUACACAACAUUAGCCUGAUUCAAUGCAAUCGUGAGCGUUACAUCAGUACAUUUUCAGUGUGGAAUGGAUGACGCUGACCCAUUUAGAGCACGGUAUACACAUGCAGAAUAAUGUAAAAGGCUUGUGGAUGACAUACAGAAUGAGAAUGAAAGUAUUACAGAAUAAUAUGUUGUUUGUAAAGACCAGUAACGUUAUGUCUGCGAGGUUUAGGUUUGCCAACUGUGAAUGGAAAACAUCCGUCACAGGUGAGGGGUGUGGUGGUCCUUUCCCAGAAAAUGUUGCAUUUCUUAGAUGUCAUUUCCUGCAUUUUAACGUCUCGGGUCCCGUUUCAGCUCAAUACAGAACCCGUACUUUUAUCUCUUAACUACAGGACGAUUCCGUAUUUCAAGGGACGGCUGGCAACCCAGCGAUGUUCCAGGAGACCAUAUUGAGAAGAAAAGAUAAGCUUCUUAGGUUUAUACUGUAUUUGCAAAGUGUAGGAUAUUAGCCUUGUAGUAAACUAGAAGAACAUGCCUAGCGGGCAAAAAUGUGGUCUAGCCCUGCUCCUAGUAAGAUUGCAACGACAAGCUCUAGCCCGGACCGAACAAUCACAAUGCAAGGGUUUUUUUUGCCCAGUGUGUUUGAAUCUUUGGGACGGGUGCUGGAGAUAGCAGAAUGGCUACGGCUAACGAAAAGCUGUCGUUUCAGUAAUCAUAACGGUGGCAAAGGCAGUGCAGAGACAAAUUGAACCAUAAUGGCAUUGUUUGGUCCCAGCCACAGCCUUCAGCUAUCUGAACUGAAUGAUUCCAGACUUAAUUUUUCAUGUUUUGGUCUGUCCCGCCUGGCUAGUAUGAUAUGUCUAGCCUGUACGUAGGGAUACAUACCGCCAUUCAGACAUACCGUCAUUCCGACAUUGAAAUUUUAUUGCAGGAACCAUUUUUUCAGCUUGCAGGAACUGUUCUCAGACCCUACCUUUAAAAGCAUUUGGACCAUGACAAAAUUAUACACUAAUCCUGUAAUUGCGCUGUCACUCUCUCCACUUUCCGCUUGUGUCGCAACAUUGUUGCAAAUGUCAAUAGAGUUAGAACAUUGUUCACGUGCCUUCAAGAACUUGCAACGUUUAAAUGACUCGGAAUGGCAAUCAAAUACUGUCGGAAUGGCGGUAUGUCGGAAUGGCGGUUGCCCCCCUGUACGUAGGUCUUCUGUCACUAGCAGUCAACUGCAAUAUGGCCAGCGUCCUGACCAAGAC